CAAUUCCAUCCAUCAAUUCCCAUCUCUUUGAGGAAACAGCGCACGCAGCCUCGUCAUUUUGCCAUCUUCCCAUCCUUCCAUCCUUCCAUCCUUCCAUCCUUCUGUUUCGUCGCAUGGAAGUCGCUGAGGAUCAUGCAUGCUGAUCACGAAGAUCCUUCACUUUUUCCCCAGAAACAUCCUGGCCAUAUUUUAUGCCAUGGGAUUUGAGAUCCGUGAGUCUCUCAUUGUGACUUGAUCCCAUCGCUCAUUUUUCCUGCUUCCAUCUUUCAUCUUGUUGUUUCUGGGUCUAUCCGUCAACAGUACCGUUAAGCUUCUUAUCUGUCUUUCUUUCACCUCGACCGAGAUACAUCGUCAUGUCUCAAGAUGGUUCUUUCACCCUGUCCAGCCAACCUUCGCGCGACCGUGAACUAGGACAACAGCCCACAGUCACCACAACGCAGAGUGCCCCGUACUCUCUUGCUGGCCCUCGAGUAAGGACACGACCUGAGAGAACUCAAACUGGGAAUCAGGAAGCAACCAGCUUUGUCAGUCGAGAAUAUCUCGAACAUGAUCCACGUCAUGCAGAACCUACAAACCAGCCGAUCUGGGGCCUUGCAGCUCCUUUGCCCAGAGUCAAGCGCUCUGGCAUGGAGCGGAGGCAAUCACGCACAGCUCGUCGCGGUCAACAAUCGCCUCAAAGAACUGAAAGUCUUCGACGACCUCCGACGCAGGAAUCCACCCAACCAUCCGCUCCUGUUGGUAGAGCCGCGGCACCUCAAGUAGAAGUCACACCCGAGCGCCAUGAAGGAGAGACUCAACAAGACGCUACCCGUCGGGAGGGCGAACCUCAAGGGCUUCCCGAGAGGCAGGACCUUCUACGACGUGCAACGACUGCACCCGGCUCCACGUAUCAGUCAGAAGGCUACCCAACCGUGCGACCGGAAGACGCUAUCGAUGGCAAACCGAGUCGGCAAGAGCAGGAAUUGGCCAGAGAGCACAUCAGUGCGCAGGAUCAAGCAACUUCCCUAACCAGUCCGUCAUCACAAGGUCGACUAAGCGCCGCUGGUGGCCCCAGUCUUCAGCGGCUUCAUUCAGGCUCUACAACUCCAGAUGUUGCUGAUCAACGACCUCAGGAUCUGGUCGCUGGACCAAACAUGUCAUGGGCCAGUGAAUCCGAGGUCGAAGCUGCACGAAGGCGUCUCCAAGGCUUGGCGGACACCGCAGCAGACGAGCCCGCGCUGAGCCAGCAUCCGCCGAAUAUUGACUGGGAAGAAUACCAUGAAGCUGAAAAGCCCGAUCUACCUUCCCAGGAAGAGCAACCGAGAGAGCCCGAGACCUUCAACAAAUGGGGCAGAUUUCGCAACAAUUUUCGGCAGCCAUUUGCCGAGUUUCUCGGAACGUUAGCCUUCAUGAUUAUAGGUCUUUGUGGCAGUGUUGUCCGCACGACGGCCACAAAUGACUACGGGAACCUUCUCACGGCCUACCUGGUAUGGGGUUUGGCGGUUAUGAUAGGCAUCUAUAUUGCUGGCGGUGUUUCUGGUGGUCAUCUCAACCCUUCCGUUUCUAUCAUGCUCUCGGUGUUUCGAGGAUUUCCCUGGUCACUCUGUUGGCAGUAUAUCGUUGCACAGAUGCUAGGAGCAAUUGUAGCAUCUGCAAUCGUGUACGGGCUUUACAAAGACGCCAUCAUGGACUACGCAGCUUCCGACGUAGCCCGUGUGGGACCGGCUUUCUGGACGACCCCUCGGGACGGUUUGAGCGCUACUGCCGCCUUCUUCACCGAAUUCACGGCCACCGCUAUUGCCUCGGGUUCCAUCCUCGCUCUCGGAGACGAUCGCAACUCGCCACCAGGUGCCGGUAUGCAUGCGUUCAUUAUUGGUCUACUCGUGUCCGCACUCUGUAUGGCAUUUUCCUACAACACCGGCACAGCUCUAAACCCUGCUCGGGACUUUGGUCCCCGGCUCAUAACAUGGGCCGCAGGUUUUGGUAGCGAGGUAUUCACGCUCCAUAGUUGGUGGUGGAUCUGGGGACCCUGGGGGGGAACCAUUUCCGGUGCUCUUGUUGGGGCUUGCUUCUACGACGGUCUGAUAUUUCUGGGUGGAGAAAGUCCAAUCAAUUAUCCAUUUGAGCAGGGUCUCACUGGUAGGAUCAAAGAGUGGAAGGAAAGGAGAAAUGUAUCGAAGAUGGGGAGGGGAAAGGAUGCGCAGGACGACAUCAGGAGGAAGGUUGAGAACUUUGCAUGAAUUGACCAUCUUGCGCACCCCUUGCAUCCUAUUCAUGCAUGAUUGGCACAUGAUGGCACUGAUUGCUUUUGUUUGUAUCAGCAUAUAGUUGAUUGGCCGCGCAAUGUGCAAGCAGCGACUUAUUUGUCGCAGAUGUUGUCCAUUCAAUCGAC